GUGAUCGUAGACUUCCGCCACGCUAGCGGUACGAAGAAAAAAGAAUAUUUUGCAAAAACUAAUAGGAUAGAUGAAUUGAUAGACAUUUACUUUAACAAUGGUGUCAAUUGAAGAAUUAUACAAAAACUUUGGUGUCUUAGCAGACGCUAAAGAUAAAGCAGGCGAGCAUCAGGCUGAAUAUCUGUCAUUUAUUGAUGCUGUAAAGGGGGGAGCUGGAGAAAAGAGACUAGCAUCACAGUUUAUUACAAGAUUUUUCAAGUUUUUCCCUGAUUGUGCUGCUAAGGCUGUAAAUGCUCUUUUUGAUUUGUGUGAAGACAAUGAUGUAAAUAUACGUAAACAAGCUAUUAAAGAUUUACCCAAUGUAUGUAAAGUACAACCAGAACAAGUUACCAAGAUAUCAGGAGCAUUAACACAGUUAUUAGUUUGUGAAGAUCAAGGGGAGAUAAGUCUGGUUCAAUCAUCAAUUCUCAGUCUGUUUGCCAUCAAUGCCAAAGGUACGUUACAAGGUUUAUUUGAUCAGAUUGUCGGGGAUCACGAGGAAGACGAUGUUUUAAGAGACAGAGUUUUAAAAUUUCUAACAACAAAAUUAAAAACUUUAUCAGAAGAAACCCUGGAUAAAGAUGCUGAAGAAUUUGUUCUUACUAGUUGUAAAAAGGUUUUAGAAGAUGUUACUAAAGAUGAAUUUAUUAUGAUAAUGGAUUUAUUACGGUCGUUAAGAAUAAUGAAAACUGUUCAGAGUCGUCAGAGUUUAGUAGAGAUCGUGACAACGCAAGCAGAACUUGAUGAACCUUUAGAUCUGACAGAUGCAGAAAGUGUUGAUAGAUUGAUCCAGUGUAUAAAAACAGCCUCACCAUUAUUCUCAAAAAAUGUUCAUUCUAAAGUUUUUGUGGAGUAUAUUUGUGAUCAUGUUUUACCCAACUUAUCUGAUAUCACAAGUCCUGAAGGUGGUAACAUCCAAUUAGAUAUUCUAAAAAUACUCAGUGAGAUAUCAGAAUUUGCUGGAGAAAUUGAUGAACCUAAAGCACGAAUAGAGAAACUAUAUAACAGAUUGAUAGCUUACAUGCCCUUACCACCAUCAGAAGAGAAUGAUGCCCCAGCAGCUGCAAAUGAAGAACCUAAAUUAGAAUUCUCGUACGUUGAAUGUUUGAUGUUCUCCUUUCAUCAGUUGUGUUCCAGAUGUCCAGGUUUUUUAACAGAUGAAGAUAAUGCCGACAGACUUAAAGAUUUUAGAUUACGGUUACAGUAUUUUGCGAGAGGUGUACAGAUAUAUAUCAAACAGUUACGAGCAGCGUUACAAGGAAAGUCUGGAGAAACACUUAAAACAGACGAGAAUAAAAUAAAGGUUGUAGCUUUAAAGAUCACGUCAAAUAUCAACACAUUAAUAAAAGAUUUAUUUCAUAAUCCACCUACUUAUAAAGUUUCUAUAACUCUGUCCUGGAAACCUAUUACACAAAAAGCUGCUGCUAACCCAGUUACAACAAACACAGCUACAGCAGGCCAAAAGAGAAUCAAUCCGAUAACAUUUGAAUCAAAUGGUGCUGGCGGGAAGAAAGUUAACAAGAAUCCUCGUGAAUUAUAUUCACCUCCUGGGGGGAAAUUCAGUGAAAAAGCAGGUAAUUUUGUUGCCAAUCGUAAUCGAGGCGGUAGUGGUGGAGGGGGAUAUAGAGGGCGUGGUGGAGGAAGAAAUCGAGGAAGAGGUUUCCGUAGAUAUUAAGUCAUCAUCACAACACAGCUACGGUUAUCAUUUCAUUGUGUAGAUAUUUUCAUUUUAAAGACUCGAUUCAGAAAAACUGAACGACAUGUUGAUUCAUGUGACCAUGUCUAUCUGGAUGUUAAUAUUAAUAUUACAACCUCCUCAACACCUGGUGGUCUUCAUUUCAUCCAACAUCAAUACAAUUUUUUACAAUACAUAAUGAUGGUAGCGACUUGGAUUCAUAUUCUGUUCAAAUGUCACGGCUAUUAAAAAAAAACGUUAGUAACAUCAUUAAAUAUGAUUAAAAUACAGAUGUGACUUCAUCCUUUGAUGUGCCAUUAUUUCAAAUAAUGAUAAGGGCAAUGUACAUUAUUUAUACUAGUUGAAAUUUUUGGACCUGCGUGACUUAUUUCAUUGCAAAGCACGAGAGGUAUCUGUAUUUUCAGUUGUUUAAUGGUCUCAGCUUAAGACAUUGCGUACUAUAUUGAAACAACAGCUCGGGACUGAUGUACCUCAUGUUGUUUCAAUAUAUUUCUUAACGCCUUGCUCUCGACCAUUAAAUGACACAUACUUUCUGCUGAAAACAGUUCAUACAUAGUUAUAACCAAACUUGUCUGAUAUCACCAAUCUCAGUUAGAUAUUCUUAAAAUACUCCAUGAAAUAUUCAGGCCCGGAGUUCACAAAACAUUCUCGGACUUAAGUUAAGAAUUACUCAAAAUUAUUCAUGUUAUUUUAACAAAAAUAGUCCUUCAGCACACAUUUCACAAAACAUUCCCAGACUUGAGCUUAGAAUUUACUCAAAAUCGUUCAACUAAAAAAUAUAGCCCUUUAUAAAACUUCUGUUUCUUGAUCAAAGAUAUUUCUCAUAAACAGUGAUUGAAAGUUGAGUAAAUUCGUAAUCUAAUUCUGAGAAUGCUUUGUGAACUCCUCGGGGCCUGAAUUAGCUGGAGAAAUUGGCGAACCUAAAGCUCGGAAUAGAAAACAAAUUUAACAUAAUAGAGGGGCAUUUAUCUGUAGAAAGUCUAAUGGUGUUGAUGACGUCUCUUGUUACAGUUGGCCGUUUAAUCCAGACUCGUAAUUUCGUUGAAGAGUUGAUAUAAAUAUCUAUCAUGGUUAUCUUGUAUUAGAAUGUGAAAACAACUGUACCAUGUUUUAAUACAAAAAUAAAUAUUUGUGGCAUUUAUCAUUCAAACAAAUUAUAAUUAUUCUAUUCAUAAUACAUUUUGAUAAGCUAAUAACUCAUAGUUCUACAUGUUUUUACAUUUUUGUAUUAUUAUUCAUACGGAGGGAGAAAUAUUAUGUAUGAAACAUACUUUCAGAUCAAAACUUCAUGUCUGGUUUCAGACAUAUAUUUGUCAUAAAAUCUGAAUGUGUUGGGUAUACAUAUGACAUCAUAAACUCUAAAAUAUAUAAUCCAGAAAAUAUACAGUUCUACAGUUUUAUUCAGAAGUUUCGAUGCUCAUCUGCAUUUAAUAUGCACAAUGUUUUUUCUCAUGAAAAUUAUCACAAUAACGUAUUUCUCUGAUGGAUGUUGUACAUGAGGCAAGGUAUGUUUACUUGUUCUUUUUCGAAUACCUAAUAACACUUAAUCUAUUAUAUUGAUAGGGGUUGUACAUGGAGACAGGGUAUGAUUACUCUUCUUAGAACACCCAAUACUACUUCCCAUUUUUGUGAAUGUGACACUUUGUGUUACUACGUUUGAGGCCAGGCUUUAGUUUCUGUCUAAAGGUCUGUGUGUAGAAUUAUGUACAGAAUCUUAAUGACAGCAACCAGAUAGAUUACAUCCUCGGUAUCUCCGGUGGUCUGAUUCCAUUCCACUCAACUAUACCCUGGGUUCAUCCAUGGGGUAUUCAUAUAUUCAAAUUAUCUGCCCUUGGUCGUAGCUUGAUUCUACGAACAAAUCACAAGACAGUUGUUUACAAACCAGUGUUGGCGUCAUUGCUUAUACAUUGACAACAAUAUGGCAGCUUGUUUGUUGCCACAAGAUGAGUUACUUCCCCUCGCCAACUUCCUUUGUAUUUAACGUUUUUUGGAUUGGUUAAUAAAAAUAGCACAGUCAUCAAGGGCAGACAAUUUGAAUAUGUGCCUCACCAUGGAAGAACCCAGGGGUUAGUUGGGGGGAUAUAGAGAAUGGGUAAAAUUAAGAUGUGUGUUUUUAUUUCAUAGUUUAUUGGAAAGGGUUAAAAGUAGAAGCUAGUUUUUAACUUUGAAUGUUUAAACACUGAUAUUCCUUAAAAAUUUAUCUUUUACAAUAAUAGGUUUGGGAAAUGCUAAUUGUAGGUCGGUCCAAAAUGACUGCUUUAUAUUUAAAUGAGAAUUUUGGGGAAUAAUAGGCCUAACAUUGACCCUUUUUUGAAGACUGAACUUGGAUCCAAUUUACCCCUCCUAAAAGGCUUAGGGUUCAUAUUCCCCAAAAUACUCAUUUAUAUAAAAUGGCCAUUUUGGACUCCGCAAAUUCCCGAAGCUUCCCAAGGGAUUCAUAAUCCUUUAAAAAGAAUAACCCGCGCCAUUAAUUGUUUAUAAGUAUUUAUGUUAAUGUGCAGUUUAUGUAUAAUUAAUUGUUAUCACCUGCCAUCAAUUCCAUUAAAGGACAAUGUUCUCAUCCACCAAUUAUACAUAUGAUAAAAAUGGUUUAAAGGAGUCAAAAAAAUUGGUAGAUAGCAGAAUUGCCCUUUUACUGAUUCAUAUUGACUGGCUAAAUCACAACAAGAAACCUGUUUAAGGACAGUGUUUACUUUCAACAGUUUGUGUCGAUUGGACGUUAAACCCCUUCUCUCUCGGACGUUAAACCCCUUUUCUCUCUCCUCUUUUAUGACAUGUAAAACUGGUGGAUAGCAGAAUUGCCCUUUAAGUGAUUAAUUCAUAUUGACUGGUUAAAUGACAACAAGAAAACCAUUAAAGGACGGUGUUUUCUUUCAACAGUUUUAACAAGUGUAGGAGAAAUAGUUUAAUAAAGACCAAAUUUUUACAAAGAAAUCAUCACUUACAUUUCCCUUUAAUUGAUAAGAUUUAUCAGUUUGAUAAUGACUUAGUAAACUAGUUACUUUAUCACCUGGACCCUGUUUCUCAAAAUCUUAACUAAAGAUAAAAUCUAAAUUUUAGUAGAUACUUCAAGUUUGACUAGCUAAGUACUUAAAUCAGUCUAAUAUUAUCCAAUCAAAUUACUAAAAGUUUGAUUAGCUAAGUACUAAAAUCAGUCUAAUAGUAUCCAAUCAAAUUACUAAAAUUUGGAUUGUAUCUUAGUUAAAAUUUUGUGAAACAGGCCCCUGGUUUCUAAGACUGAUGUAUCAGUUGCUCUAUCUAGAUCCUAGAAAUAAAUUUACCCUUGGUUUCUCUCUGUAAAACUCGUCGGCCAUUUUGAAUGUCAUGUGAUGUAUCCUUCCUUCGCUUGCUUCACACAGAUCCAAGAUGGCGGCUCAAACUCACGUUUCUUCUGAAAUUUCACGUAAAAUAGUUCCCAGUAAAUUAUCAAAUCGCGUGUUUUCGAUUGACCUUUUGAUGUCAAGAUGUGAAAAAUGUUCCAAGGAUCAUUAAUAGGCAACGAACUGAUGCCGAAUUGUGGAGAAAUCAGCAGCAUUUCUUUCUAACAAAUCGUGCCAAUGAGGAUUAAUGGCCGGCGAGUUUUACUAUAGAUAAAGGGUAAAUUGAUCUCUGGGAUCUAGAUUAUUAGUUUCUGUUUGUGCUAAUCAUAGUGUUCUUAAACAUCUCAUUACUUGUAAUAUAAUUAAAUAAUCUUAUUAUGUAAAAUAAAAAAAUAUAUAUAAAUAAACAUUGGUUUAUAUUAUCCUAGUUGGUCAAAAUGCUGCUUUCAAAAUAAAUUGAUCACCUGGUAUUCUAUCACUGAUCUUAAUCGGCUGUUUUUUAGCGGCUUGAAAUUUAAUCAAGCCAAUUGGUAAAACAAUGAACCGGCCACUAUGGUAUCAUAAAUCAAUCAACUUUUGGCUA